GCGCACUCUCUGUGGUCAGUCACAGACAGGGAAUUCGCUGUCAAGAGGGUGGAUGCCUAAAGCUGGAGAUGACCUAGAGGCCUUACAGAUACAUUUGUGCUUUUGUCGCUCUAAUCUGCAUCCGCAGAGAACGACAAGAUCUGGAAGCACACUUGUUUUCGCAGUGAGUAAUAUCUACCUCAGCCAGCAGACGGUGGAUAAACCAGGAAGCUGCUGGAGACUUUAGACCAACAGACUGAGCUAUCAGCUGGCCGCUUGCUCACUGCCUGCCUAGUCCAGCUUUGUGAAGAGGAUUUGAGACGGACUGGAUCUGUCUGCCCUUGGCCUCCCACAGCUCCUCUGCAAAAGAAAGAACAAAGCCACAUCCUCUAACUCUGGCAUUUACUCGUUUUUUUUUUUAAAUUGUCAUUUUCCCUUUUUGCUGUUGAUCAGUGUGACAUUUUCUGUGGAUGCAUUUUUCCUUUCAGCUUUUAAAUGAAUUUUUCUACUUUUACUAGUGCAGGCUGAUAUAGAAUUAUAUAUGUAAAUACAUAUGUGUGUACUGUAUGAAGAAACAUUUUCCCAUCUGAAGGGAAAGUUAAUGCACUUUAAAACUUUGCUGUGAUACUUUUCCUCUUCUACUAUGAUAACUUUGCUUGAAGCUAAAAACAGUGAAUCUGGAGUUGUUUUUUGGUUGGGAAUGAAAUAUCUGCAGCAGGGCUGCUUGUAAAGUUUUUACUCAGCGUUUGGUUUUUGGAUUCCCCUUUCAUUCUUACACAMUUUUUUGUUGCCGUUUCAUGAAGAACAUUGAGAUGACCCUCAGGCAGGUGGACCUCUUAAAUUGUGACUCGACUAAACUUGAAUAAUUUCAAGUCUGUUGGAUUUAGUUUUUUUGUAAAACAGAUAAGCGGACUUUGUGGAGAAAACAAACUACAACAAACAGGAGCUUCCGGUGCUGUUGCACCACCUAUGUAUUGUUGUAGUGCACAGGAAAGUAAAAUGGACUACAAGCGUCGCUUUUUGCUUGGCGGGUCCAAGCAGAAAGUGCAACAGCACCAGCAGUACCAGAUGCCUGAGCUGAGCCGGACCCUGAGCGCGCCUCUGACUUCUUCUUGCUCUGCCUCUUCGCCUUUGGGCACCGGGGUGGGCCUUCCUGGCAGCUGCCACCCACCUCCCUCUGGAACCACGACUGCUGUCGCUGACAUCCAGCAAGGCAUCUCUAAAUAUUUGGAUGCCCUCAAUGUGUUCUGUCGGGCCAGCGCCUUCCUCACAGACCUGUUCAGCAGUGUGUUCAGGAACUCUCACUAUUCCAAAGCAGCUAUGCAACUGAAGGACGUGCAGGAACACGUCAUGGAGGCGGCCAGCAGGCUGACUGCAGCAAUAAAGCCUGAGAUUGCUAAGAUGCUGAUGGAGCUGAGUGCCGGGGCGGCAAAUUUCAAAGACCAGAACGACUUCAGCCUGCAGGAUGUUGAGGUGCUGGGUCGGUGCUUUGUCACGGUGAUGCAGGUCCAUUUCCAGUUCCUGUCACAGGCUCUGCAGAAGGUCCAACCUGUGGCCCAGUCCUGCCUGGCAGAGGCUCUUGCCCAGGCCCAAGAGCGUUGUGCCAGCUCCCGCUCCCAAAGCUCUGACCUUGGGCCCCUAACAGAACUAGAAGAAGCCUCUCGCUCAUGGAAGGGUGCAGCUCAGGCUACCGGAAGGCUGAGAGAGAGAGGCCGGGACGGCUGCCUGGCAGGCAUCCAGGUUCAGCAACUCUUUUGCUCCAACAACACUAGCAUCCCCGAGCACCAGCUGAAGGAGCUCAACAUGAAGAUUGACAGUGCWUUACAGGCCUACAGAGCAGCACUGGAGAGCCUGGGCCACAGGGAGUAUGCACUCAAGGCAGGCUUUCAUCACAACCCCAAAGCUGUGGAAGAAGCCUUACAGGGCUGUUGUAGUGAGGCAGAGGCUCAGCAGGCGGGCAGGAUGCAGACCACCUCCCAGCCCAUCCAGUGCGAGCUUCCCACCAUCCCUGUGCAAAUUGGCUCACACUUCCUCAAAGGAGUGUCCUUUAAUGAGUCAGCAGCUGAAAACCUCAAACUGAAAACGCACACGAUGCUGCAGCUMAUUAAGGAGGUGCUGGGUCAGAAUGGAAUGACUUCCAGGGACGACUCUCCGGUCACCGAGGUCCUCAAUCAGGUUUGCCCGUCCAGUUGGAGAGGAGCUUGCAAGACCUCUGUCCAGCUGCUGUUUGCCCAGGCUGGUCUGGUGGUUGUUGAUACAGCUCAGAUUGAGAACAAGGAGGCCUACGCUCCCCAGAUCACUCUGGAGGGAUCCAAGGUUGUUGUCCAGGUUCCCUCAACAUGGUGUUUGAAGGAGGACCCGGCCACCAUGUCCCUGCUGCAGCGAAGCCUGGACCCAGAGAAGACUCUUGGACUAGUAGAUGUUCUGUACACAGCUGUGUUCGACAUCAACAGGUGGAAGGAGAGGAAGGAGCAGGCCCUGCCCACUAUUCAGAUCCAGCUGCAGCGAGAGAGUCCAGAAUACGGCAGCCCGAUAGACUUACCUGUUGGCACCAGCUCCAAGGCCUCUAGUGGAUUACCAAAAACAAUAUCUAAACUGACUUCCAAGUUUGCCAAGAAGGUCUCCUCCAGCUCUAACAGUGGAGGCAGCUACUCCAUUCCCAGCACCCCGUCCCGCAGCAUGCUGUCAAGUAGCAGCUCUGAGGAAAAAGCCAAAAGCCUGGGCCACAGCGACGGGAGGCUACAGAGCAUUCUACAGAUGGGCGGUAUGUCCUGCAGCCCUGACUCUACACAGCAGAACCAGCUGGCUAACGGCUCGGGGUCUGAAGACCAGGGCAUGAACCUGCCCACUGACCAGGAGAUGCAAGACGUCAUUGACUUUCUCUCAGGGUUCAACAUGGGCAAAUCCCAGCAGGCCUCGCCCCUGGUCAAGAGGAGGAACUCUGUGGCCUCUGCCAAUCCAGCUGAGCUGAAGCCCCCGAGUGGUCCUCCACCAGCCUCCCAGUCCGCCUCUCACAGCGCCCUGCAGCCCCCGUCUCAGCCACAGCCUCAGCCUCCACGAUCCGUGCAGAAGCAGCAGCCCCCGCCUCAAACACAAGCUCCACAGCAGCAGCAGCAGCAGCAGCAGCAGCAGCCCCCUCCUCCUUCUCAGCAGUCCUCCCCACAGGCCCUGCCGUACUACCAGCACCUCCUGCAGCCCAUCACUCAGCAGCAGGCUCCGCCUCCUCAGCUUCCUCCCCAGCAGACCCCACCACAGGUCCUGCCGCAGCAAAGAGUGGCCAGCAAGUGGCUUGGCACCRCAGGGCAGCAGCCCCCACCACAAGCCCCCCCAGCGGGGCUGUCACCCCUAGGCCCCAUCGGACAGUGGGGAUCCCCCGGGCUGCCGGACCUCAGCUCGGACCUGUACAGCCUGGGUCUGGUCAGCACCUACAUGGACAGCGUCAUCUCAGACAUGCUGGGCCAGAAGCCACAGGGGCCUCGCAACAACACCUGGCCUAACAGGGACCAGAGUGAGGGCGUGUUCGGAGCCCUGGGGGACACGCUGUCUUUUGAUCCAGCAGUUGGCUCUGACCCGGAGUUUGCACGUUACGUCGCCGGCGUCAGUCAAGCCAUGCAGCAGAAACGGCAGGUGCAGCACAUCCGCCGCCCCAGCAGCACACGCAGCAACUGGCCAAUGCAAGACGAGCAGCACAGGACCUGGCCCCACCCGGAGUAUUACAGCGAGGGGUGUGUAUCCCAUCUGAUUAAACACAGCUCUGUAUUUCUCUAAUGAACUGUUUUGUAGCACAGAACACAUCAUUAUUUCACUCAUGUUAUGAAAAGUGAGCAAACUCCAGUGUAAUAUGCAGCUGACAUCAUCUUAAUUCAAGGCCAUCUUUGCCAGAGCUCCAGAUAAAAUCUCCAGCAGCAAUUACACAGUUUUCAAGCCAACACAUGCUUGUAGCCACGGGCCUGAAACGUGAAGCCAAAAACUUAUUUCCAUUUCACUUGUGAGGCUGUUGGCCCCGCAAUCCUUUCCUGCAUCGCAGCUAUAAUACAUCACAGUGUGUCGUGGUAAACGCCAGUCAACUUGCUCAUUUAACAGWAUAAAAGUUGAAGUGCUUUGCUUUGUUGACCUACCAUCCAGGUUUUCACAGAGGCAGAUUACAGUGGAGUCUGAAGAGCACCCGU